UAAAAUUCAAUUUUAAAUAAUUUUGAUGAAUGGUCACUCCCCUAAUCCAGUAGCCCUGCUAGCUAGGAAGUAGACAUGGCAUCAAGUGUGGGAGAUAUUGUGGAUGCUUUCCUUAAGCCAGUGACCAAAGAAGGACUCGAGGCCAUAUCCUCCCGUUUGCUGGCCCAGUUUGAGACGGGAUUAGCCAAAGAGAAGCAUGAUGGCGAAGUGAAGAUGCUUAUCACUUAUGUGCACAAUUUGCCAAGUGGGGAAGAAAAUGGCGACUUCUUGGCUCUAGACUUAGGCGGGAGCAAUUUCAGAGUCUUAAAGAUAACAUUGGAUAGCGAAAACAGGGAUAUAUCUCAAGUUGAUAGCAAGUUUUCGAUCAGCGAAGAGUUAAAGAAAUCCGAUCAAGAUCGUCUGUUUGGCUUCAUUGCAGAAUCCCUGAACAACUUCAAGAAAGAGAAUGGGAUCACGUCUAAACUACCGCUUGGAUUCACAUUCUCUUUUCCGGUUAAUCAAACCAGUUUGACAGCUGGUACACUCAUUCACUGGACGAAAGACUUCAAAGCUGCCAAUUGUGAAGGAAAUGAUGUCGUUAAAAUGUUACGUGAUGCAAGUGAUGCCAGGAAGUUUCCUGAUACAGAUAUAGUUGCAUUGGUUAAUGACACAACUGGUACACAAAUGGCUGUUGGAUACAGCGACCAAGACUGUCAUGUUGGAGUCAUACUGGGAACUGGAACUAACGCUUGUUACACUGAAAGACUUGAUGCUGUCACAAAGUUUAAUGGUGACAGGUCACAGCAUGAUAAAGUGAUAAUAAACACAGAGUGGGGAGCAUUUGGAGAUAAAGGAUCACUGAAGGACGUCAUUACAGAGUUUGAUAAAGCUUUUGACAGUCAGCCUGAAGUUGAGAAUGGAGGGAGUCAAAUAUAUGAGAAGAUGAUCUCUGGUAAGUACCUUGGAGAGAUUGUGCGUCACGCAAUGCUGAAACUCAUUAAUGGCGGAGUUCUGUUUGGAGGAAAGUCUUCCGAUGUUUUAAAGAAAUUUGAAGGAUUUAAGAGCAGCUAUCUGUCUGACAUUGAGAAAGGUGAAUGCAUGGAUGUGCUUAAAAACAAAUGUGGUCUAGAUCCUGUCACUGAACAAGAUUGUGAGUAUGUGACUCAAAUAUGUCGGGCCGUGAGUACCAGGGCAGCGAGAUUAGCAGCUGCUGGUAUAGUUACCAUUGUGAGGAAGAUGGGCCGAGAGAAGAAGUGUACAGUUGCUGUUGAUGGCUCCUUGUAUAAGCUUCAUCCUGAGUUUAGAUUUAGGAUGAGGGCAGCCAUUAACGAGAUGCUACCAUGUAAUGGUGUCAUUAUUAAAGAGUCAAGAGAUGGGAGUGGUCGAGGAGCUGCUCUCGUUGCAGCUGUUGCCAAACAAUAAACAAAUAAUUUUAUAAUUAAAAUUAUAGCUGAUCCCUCAAUUUAAAAUAAAUAAUACUUUA